UUUCUUUCCAUUCCCCUCAAACAGAACCAGGGCCCAGAAAUCACUGGGCUGCUCCCUCUCUGGCCAGCCCUGGCUGGUUUCCUUGAGGGGGAUGUGCUUGUCCUCUCCCGUCCCGCUCCCUCCCAGGAAGCCCGGGCUGAUGGUGUGAGCGCACUGGAGACCAGCAGGCCCCAGACGAACCUGACGGCUGGCUGCUCAGGUCCCUGGAUGUCACAGGUCAGAACCCUCUGGACCCCCGAGGCCUGCACUCACGGCCCAGGCAUAGCUGCUGCCUCUGGACAGCCCCUCCACCGGGGGCAUGGGCACCCGAGACGAUGUCACCCCAGCCAAGGUUUUGGCUCCAGUGGCUGUGUAUUGUGGGAGUGUCCCUAGGACCAGUGCUGGGCCCCGAGGGACCCCGCCUGGAGGCAUCAACUCCAAUCUGCCGGUUUAUGGAGAAGCCUCCCUCCAGCCUGUGCCAAGUGUCCUGGUGAGCAAUGAGAAGCCACCAGAGAUCUUGAGCGGCCAUGGGGAUGCAGGCAACCUCAAACUGGACAUCCCUCUAAAGGAUUGGAAGGCUAGGAAUGGCCACCCCAGGCAUCUUGGAGCUCUGACUUUAGGGCCUUGUCCCCUGGCACCUGCUACCUCUCUGGAGUCAGAGGCCAACAGUGUGGCCCGGGACACCAUCCAGAUCAAGGACAAGCUCAAGAAACGGAGGCUUUCAGAGGGCAUGGCAGCAUCUUCAAGAGCCUUGCUGGAUCCCGGGGGAGGCCCUAAAGGUGUUCUCCUGAGGAGCACCAUCCCGCGCACCACCUCUCAGAGGCUGCUGAAGGUGCCCAGGCCAAUGCCUCCCAUCCAGAGCAUCCCCACCACCCCAGAGGCCAGCGGAGCCAAAGAGAAGAGCCUGGAUCUGCCAGGGAGUAGGAAGGGUCCCCAGGAGGUGCAGAUUUCCCCGCAAUACCUGCAUUGCAACGACGAGAAGAUGCUGAAGUCGAUGGGAGGCAUCGUGAUCCCACCCAUCCCAAAGGCCGGGAUGCCUGCGGGGCCCUCCUCUAGUCGGUCUGGCUCCCUUCCCAGUCCCUUGCCUCCAGGAGGCCAGCACGUCCUCACAGGACUGAGGGUCCCACCCACACGAUUGGCUCGGGAGAGUGGGCCUCGGGAGAAGAGCCCCAGAUCUUUGGAGCCCAAACCUUUGGCUCCACCCAUCAGAGACAGGUCUGCCACCUCCUCCGAGAAGCCUGUCCUGGCGUCAUCACAGUCUGCUCCUACGCUGACGACCUUCUCUUUCAACUCCGCCAAAGAAGCCCACCCCUUGUUAAAAGAAGAGGACCAGAAGGAGACUAGCACCAAGGUAUCUGGGAAGCCAGAGGAAGACGAAGUCAGGAUCAAAGUGGACCACUGGCUAAAUCCCGGAAUGUGUCUGAACUGCACAGUUGCCCCCCCUCCCCACAAAAAGGGUCGCCAGGGACUGUCACCUUCCCCAAUGCAGCCACAUCUCAGUCCUGUCUAUGUUGACCCAGCAGCAGCAGCUUUGGAUUCAGCUGGCAGUGUGGUCCUCGUCAAUGCUCCCUUUAGGGAUGGAGAAGACCUUGGACCCCAGGAAAGGCAGGACCAGCUCAGUUCUAGGACUUUCUUUGUCUCCACAGGCCUCCUUCCGCUACGGGGCAGUGGGACCCUGUCUGUACCCACCAGGAUGAACAGCCCACGCAGAAACAACAUUGGCAUCAUCUUGAGGAAGCGGGCCAACCGGUCCUCUCUGCCCAGCAUCCCUGUCAGCAAGCAGGAGCCCAGCUUUGCCCGCCAUGCUUCAGCUAACUCCUUACCUGCCGUGCUCACUCUGGGGUCUCCUGAAUGGGAGGACGAGGAGGACGAGAUGGGUCUGAGAGGCUUCAAGGAGUUGAGGCCUUUCUCGAACGCAGAGCUGGGCUUGAUGGACGCCCUCCAGUGCCUCAACAGCAGUGAUUGGCAGAUGAAGGAGAAGGGCCUGGUGAGCGUCCAGCGCCUGGCGGCCUGUCACUCGGAGGUCCUGGCUGGGAGGCUGCACGAUGUGUCCUUGGCAGUUACUGGGGAGGUCUCCAACCUCCGCUCCAAGGUGUCCCGCCUGGCCAUCAGCACCCUGGGAGACCUUUUCCGGGCUUUAAAGAAGAACAUGGACCAAGAGACUGAGGAGAUCACCCGCUGCCUGCUCCAGAAGAUGGGGAACACCAGCGAGUUCAUCCAGCGGGCAGCCAACCGCGCCCUGGGUGCCAUGGUGGAGAACGUGACCCCUGCCCGUGCCCUUGUGGCCCUCACCUCCGCAGGCAUUUACCACCGGAACCCAUUAGUCCGGAAAUGCACCGCUGAGCACCUUUCAGUCGUCCUGGAGCAAAUUGGUGCAGAGAAACUUCUCUCAGGCACGAGGGACAGCACUGACAUGCUGGUGCACAACCUGGUGAGGCUGGCUCAGGACUCCAACCAGGACACCAGGGGACCUGCCACUGGAUGUCCCAUUAACCAUCUUCAGUGCAGAGUGUCCCUAAAGGAGCUCAUUGCCAUCUCCCGAAGCCUGAUUUCUUUGGCUGUGUUUUCUUCACGGUUCAUAGGGACAGAAGAUAAUCAUGAACUUCCAUCUGCCAAAGGUCGCAAGGUGUUGAGGAGCCUGGUGGCAUAUGAGAACGGCCUACCCACCGAGGACGGGUAUGGCUGCUCUUGUCUCUCUGGGGCUUCAUGUUCGAAACUGCCAACAGAAGCAUCUUGCUUGCCCAUGGCCCAGGGUUGCUCUGGGGUAGAGGUGUGGAUCUGGUGUACAGCUGAGACGCUUCAGGAUUCCAACAAGAAAGUGAACCAGUGGGCCCUGGAGUCCCUUGCCAAGAUGAUCCCCCUCCUCAAACACAGCGUGCACCCCAUGCUGCUCUCCCUCAUCACGGCGACUGCAGACAAUCUCAACUCAAAGAACUCGGGGAUCUGCACCGCUGCGGCUGCUGUGCUGGAUGCAAUGAUGGAGAGCCUGGACCACCUUUGCCUCUUACCAGCGUUUGCCGGGAGGGUGCGCUUCCUGAGUGGCCGCUCAGUCCUGGAUAUCACAGAACGCCUGUCAGCUCCAGAUCCUUGGCCUUGGCAACUUCGUCUGUCUGUCCUGGGAGCAGCUGCCUUGGAAUGCCCAUAGCCUUUGUGCUACUGAACAACACAAUGGUAACACCAAGUCAUUGUCACUGCUGCCUGGACCUGGUAGUGGCUGGAGCCUCUCAUGACAUCACACAGAGGGACCUAGGGUAGGAACCUAGCACUGUCCUGAUACAUGAAGUUUCUCAGUAAAUGAAGAAAUCCUCCAGGGGGAUAAGGAAGUGUCACAGGCUGCUCCGUGGUUGACAACAGGAACUGGAAGCUGCUGUCCCCUUGUCUGCUACCUGCAACAUGGCAGGGGAACACUGGCUGGGCACUCAAAGGAGGACUCCACCAAAGAGAGGCGAGCCAGUGCCUGCCAUCACCACCCUGGCUUUCUGCAAUUGGAAUCUGUGGAGCAGCUAAAGGGAGCCCAUUAUGAAAACACUCAUUUCCAUAUACUCCCAACCACCACGCUGAACAAUUUGUACACUUGCUGAGGAAGACCCAUAAGUUACUGAAAAGGUUUUUCCCAGGUGACAUUUGAGAAGACCGUCGCAUGACCAGGGCCACCCAUUCAUUCCUGAGCAUCACAUUUAAGAGGGCUCAAGACAAUCUGUGAUACAUCCUGAGGACUCCUUCAGCAUGCUGGUGGCUUCCUAGAAGAUGACCAUAGAGGACCUUCCAGAUUUUCCAUUAGAAGGAAAUCCUUUGAUUGGAAGAUACCCCUUUUUAUUUUCAGGUUCUUAUACACCAGUUAUCUUUUCCAUUUCCGCUGCACCAAUGCCUUCAGACUGUGGUAUGUGACAUAACUCUGUUUUCUGUAAACUGGUAACUUGACUUCUGUCUUAUGCCCUCUUUGCACUCAUAAUUUUUUUCUGAAACCAUUUGCUCUGUUUUUUAUAAAAUUGCUAAAGCUUUCCUUUUUCAAAAUACAAUCGCUUAUUGCAUUUUCUGCCUCUUAAGCUAAAUGCUUUAUUUCUGCUGUCAGCAUUUUUAUUAUGUAAAAACGUUAAUUUUAAGCACCAUGAUGGAUUUAGAGGAUUUUAUUUUUAGAAUGUAAUGGUGCUUAGAUAUCAAGCAUUCUUUUGCUAUUGAUGUAUUUAUUUUGGUUAAAUACACUGAAUUGCUAAAAAAGCUGUGUACAAAGGCAAAGACUGCAAAAGACCCUUCCCUGGAAUAUGGAAUGAGAUUGGUUCCUGUUUAAAUUGGUCCCUUUAAUUCUCCUUUGUAAACUGUAAAUUUAGAAGUGUCCUAGUUUUUGUCUAUUUUGAUUUAUUUCCUGAGGACUAUAUUUUAUAAGUAGUUGAUAAAAGAAAAAGAAAAAAGGAAACCAGGAGGUAAAUUUGAUAGAAUUUCUUACAUUUUUAAUUU